GCAGCAUAAUAUUUCAAUCCGUUCCAAAAAAAAAAAAAGAAAAAAAACAAUUAAUAAAAAAAAAAGUAUUUACGACCUCGCGUUAAUAGCGAAAGGUAUUUAAAAAAAAUAAACAAUGACUGUAUUUGUAUAUUUGGUAGUAAUUUGUGUGUUUGUCUGUCUGUUUUGGUGGGUGUGGAGUAAAAGACGAUUUAUAAGUGUGUACCGGAAAGUGGGCGCUAAAUAUACUGCGAUACCAUUGUUGGGGCACAGCUAUCUGUUCCUGGGCGAUAGAGAACAGAUUCUUAAAACCUUACAAAACAUUGGAGACCAUGCGAUCACAAACGGAGGACUGUCGGCUACUUGGAUGCUGCAUAGAUUCUAUCUGAUAAUAGCAGCCGCCGCAGACGCCGAAUACAUUCUGAAAUACCAUUUGGAAAAGGAUGACUUGAUGUAUUUGCUUAGACUUUUCACCCGCACGAGCUCGAUUUUUGCAACAGUACCAAUAUGGCGGCCUCGUAGAAAGAUAGUGUCUGCUCUGCUGUCUCACAGGAACGUGAGUAAAUUUGAGCCCGUGUUUGCUAAACACAGUGAGGUUUUGGCGGAACAGCUGCUUCCUCUGGUGGGGAAGGACUCCUUCUCCAUCUGGGAGCAUCUGAACGCUUUUACCGUGGACGCUACUUGUACCACGAUCUUAGGUAUAGACUUGAACAGCCAAAGAAACCUCGAAGACCCGUUGAGAGCUGCUGUUAACGGGAUCAUCGACCUGGCGUCGGCUUUCGUGUUGAAGAUUUGGUACCACGCCGAGUUUGUCAUAAAGUGGACCAAAUUUUACAGUUUAUUUCAGAAGUACGACGAAGUUAUUAAAAGUUAUGUGGGAGUGGCGUUGAAGAAGCAUGCAGAAAUUACGAAAAAUGACGACCAGACGCAUUUCAUCGAUGACGAAGAAGGAGAAGCAUUCAGUCUUCUCCACCUGUUAACGCAGCUGAAAGAACAACGCGGGUUUGACCACACGACGCUACACGACGAGUCUCUAGGGCUGCUCGUGGCGGGGUCGGAGUCCACGGCUGUGGCAAGUUCUAUGGCUUGCGUUCUCAUGUCCAGGGUACCCCAUGUGCAGCAAAAGGUCUACCAAGAGUUAAUGGAAGUGUUCGGGGAUUCAGACCGUCUUGUGACGAAUGAAGACCUGUCCCGACUCAGGUAUUUGGAGGCGGUGAUCAAGGAAACCCAGCGGCUGUAUCCACCUGUGCCUCACAUCACCAGGAAAGUGCUGGAAGAUGUCGUCUUGCCCUCAGGUGUUGCAGUUCCCAAAGGCACCAACUUCCUCAUCAGCAUCUACGCUCUCAACAGGAACCCCAAGUAUUGGGGCCCUGACGCCGACGAGUUCAGACCUGAGCGGUUCCUGGAUGGCAGCCUUCCGGAGCAGACCACACACUUCGCUUUUAGCACUGGACCCAGGGGAUGUAAUGGGACCCAAUUCGCGAUGAUGCUGAUGAAGACAGGUCUGGCGACGAUGCUGCGUCAAUACCGGCUGCUGCCCGCCGCGCCCGGGGCUCCGCUGAGGUUCCUCUUCGGUCUAAACUCUAAGGCCGUGGACAAUUUUAGUGUUAAGAUCCAAAGGAGGGAAGAUUAAUAUUACGAUUUGUGAAUUUGUUUCAAUGCUAGCUAGUUUGUUGAGACGAAGUAGGAGGAAAUAUGAAUAGUUUAGUUCUAGUUAAUAUACGUAUAUAAAUGUAAAUAAAUAAAUAGUUCCGAAUAAUAAAGGUUUAAGAAAUGUU